UCCUCCGUCUCACACACACACUCACACUCACUCAGUGACCGAGGCUCGUCACUAAAACACACACACUCAUUAGUUCUGCUUUAUUUUCAUCCGCCGCAGCAUCAUCAUCAUCAUCAUCAUCAUCAUCAUCAGUCGUCUGCCAGUCGUCCAUCAUGCACAACAAAGACCAGAUCAGUCAUGAUGAAUACCAGAAGACAGCUGACUGGUUGAUGUCUCAGACCAAGCAUCGCCCCCAGGUGGCGAUUAUCUGUGGGUCUGGACUGGGGAUGCUCGCUGACACGCUCAAGUGUCAGGACUCCUUCGCUUAUUCUGACAUACCAGGCUUCCCUCAGAGCACAGUUCAGGGUCACGCAGGUCGACUGGUAUUCGGGGAGCUGAAGGGGAAGACGUGUGUUUGCAUGCAGGGUCGCUUCCACAUGUAUGAAGGACACUCACUCUGCAAGACAACGUUUCCUGUUCGGGUCUUCAAGCUGUUGGGGGUGGAGACUCUGAUUGUGACGAACGCAGCCGGCUCAUUGGCUGAUGGUUUCCAUCCUGGUGACAUCAUGAUCAUCAAAGACCACAUUAACUUCCCAGGAUUGGUCGGUCUGAACCCGCUCUGUGGACCCAACGACGACAAGUUUGGCCCCCGUUUCCCAGCCAUGUCAGGUUGCUAUGACAAAGACCUGCGUUGCCUAGCGUUGGAUAUCGCCAAGCAGCAGGGCGUGGCCGGCUUCAUGCAGGAGGGCGUGUACGCCAUGGUGGGAGGGCCCAACUUUGAAAGCAUCGCUGAGGCCAGGCUGCUGCACCGGCUGGGGGUGGAUGCUGUUGGUAUGAGUACAGCUGCUGAGGUCAUCGUGGCAACUCACUGCGGUCUGAGAGUCUUUGGUCUUUCUCUGAUCACCAACAAGGUGGUGAAGAGCUACGACGACUCUGAGAGCGUGAACCAUGAUGGCGUCCUGGAGGUCGGCCGGCUGCGUUCUCACACCGUCCAGCAGCUGGUGACUGAACUGAUCAGCAGGAUCGAGAUCAAUAACAACAACAACUCCAAAAAUGCUGUCUGAAGCACACACACACACACACACACACACACACACACACCUACACACCUACACACACACACACACACACACACACACACACAC